CUCUGAUACUAUUGUGCUUAACACCAUCCCUUUCCUAUUGUUGUUGUUAUUCGGGUACUCGUUCCAAUUACUCAAACCCAUCCUCCAACCAACUCAACAAAGAAAAACAGAAAACAGAAUGGGCCACCACCACAAAACCCUCUGCAAAGAAACGGUAGCCAAACCCCCGAGUUCGAAAUGGAGCACGACCUCGUGUGCAGCCUUCCGCAAAGACUCCGACAAGACCGCUUCCGCGCAAGUCUGCUGCGGCGCGACCACCAACAUCACAGAAUACGAUACCUGUUAUGGGUUCUGCACGACGACGGGGAAUCAGUCGGCCGUGGUGUCGUGCUUGGAGGAUGCGGGACUCGAGGCCAAGGCGUAUAAUCAUAGUGAUGCGUCGGGGGCGGGCGCGGUGAUGGUGCUUUCGGGGGGUGUUUCGAAGGGGGCGUUGGGGAUUGCCAUGUUGGGGUUUUUGGGGGUGGUGAUGGAUUUGGUUGUUUGCCCAACAACAACAACAACAACAACAGCAUACAACAAUAAUCAUAACCGUAACCGCCACCCCAACCACCACCCAAACCCCUCCUACACCUCCCCAACCCUCUUCCAAAACUCCAUCCUAAACAUCAGUAACACCUACCGUCUCGCCCACAACGCAACAAACCUCACCUGGAACACCACUCUCACCGAAUACGCCCAAUCCUGGCCGAGCAAUAACGGCCCUACGGCGAAAACCUCGCCUUCGGGUACCCCAACACCACCCCUCUCGAUAUGCGCCUGGGGCGACGAGCGCCAAAAGUACGAUUUCAAGUUACCCACGGGGUUUAGUGAGGAAACGGGACAUUUCACGCAGCUUUGUGUGGCGGGCGACGCGACAGGUGGGGUGCGCGGCGGUGGAUUGCGGGUUGAAUGGGACGAGGAAUGGGUCGACGGGGGAUUUUGUGAGCCGCAGGGGUGGUUUGUGGUGUGUGAGUAUGAGCCCAGGGGGAAUAUUAUGGGCGGGGAUAAGAGGUUGGGGGAUAAGGAGUUUUUUAAGAUUAAUGUGCAGGAGGGGAGGAGUUAUGAGGGGCCGGAUGAGACGGGGAGUGGGAGUGAAGGGGGAGUGGGAGUAGUUGGGCGGAUGGGGGGUGGAGGGGAUUGA